CCCUCCCUCCCUCCACACCCUGGAACUCUUUGCUGUCGGGAGUGUCCCCUUGAUCCUCGAUGAGUGUUGACUGGGGGGGGGCAGGGUCCUUGUUUUAAUAGAGUAGUUCAGACAUUCAGCGUGACUUCUCAUAAGUAAUGACUUAGCCCCUGCAGAACGCUCCCCUCCUCUUCCUACCCCCCCCUUGACCCGAACCUCUCUCUGACGGGCUGAGAUCUGUGUGGUUCCUGGAUGGGGCAGCCCCACACACCCCCAAGUGCUGCCUGGGUCAUUCGAACCUGUGUCUUGCACUCACAUUCCUGGGAGGGAUGAGUCUGCAGAGUCUGGCACCACCGACUGGGAGGGCAUUUUUCUGUACAAAGAGCAGCCCUGUUUUUCCCGUCCCCCCCCCUGCCCAUGGUAGUCAGAGGGUGGUCUGUGGGGGUGUUCUAACCCCCAGAUGCAUGCCUUUCCCCUCCACUGCCCCCAGAACUCCUGCCCUCUUCCUCCCCCCCCCUUGCCCACUGACCAGGCAAUGUCUCUUGGUUUGGAAGUUGGAGCUGGACAUCUGCUGGCGGGCCGCAGGGCGGGGUGCCCAGGAAAGGGAGACGGAGCUCAGCGCCAGCAGCCGUCGGAGGCUGGAGCAGGCCCUGCACCUGGAGACGGGCCAGAGGGAGCAGGAGCUGCUGGAGAACCAGAGCCUGGCCCAGCAGAACCUGGAGCUGCGCCGGCGCCUAGACGAGGAGCAAGCCGCCUACAAGCGCAAGCUGCAGGCCUACCAAGAGGGGCAGCAGCGCCAGGCCCAGCUGGUGCAGAAGCUCCAGGUCAAGGUGGUCCAGUACAAGAAGAAAUGUGGGGAGCAAGAGCAGCAGCUGCUGGAGAAAUCUUCUGAGCUGGAGCAGCAGCGGCUAGUGAGCUCUUUGGACAUCACGGAGUCACGCCUCCAGCAGGACGAGGAGCACAGCAACAACCUAGAGAACGCCUUGAUCCGUCUGGAGGAAGAGCAGCAAAGGAGUGCCAGCCUGGCCCAGGUGAAUGCCAUGCUGAGGGAACAGCUGGACCAAGCCAACACGGCUAACCAGGCCCUCAGCGAGGACAUCCGGAAGCUGACGACGGACUGGACGAAAGCACGGGAGGAGCUGGAGCAGCGGGAGGCCGAGUGGAGACGAGAAGAGGAGUCUUUUAACACGUACUUCAGCAACGAACACAACCGGCUGCUCACCCUCUGGCGGCAGUUGGUGGGCUUCAGGAGGCAUUUCAGUGAGAUGAAGACCAUGACAGAGAGGGACCUCUCUGAAAUGAGGCAUGACCUGUCCCGCUCCAGCCGCACGGUGCACGCUGCCUGCCUCAACCUGGGGAGCCACGUGCGCCUCUCGGAGAGCAGUGCCAGCGCAGCCCUAGAGAAGCAGGUGCUGCUGACCGCUCAGCUGGAGGAGCAGCUCAAGGACAAGGUCCGCGAUAUGAUCCAGCUCCAGGUCCGCUGUGACCUGGAGAAGGCAGAACUCAGCAGCAGAAUCAAUGAGGUCACGUCCAGCUUGGAGCGCUUGAAAGGCCAGAAUGCAGAGAAGAGCAAGACCAUUGAGAUGCUGACCCAGAAGCUGGAGACCUUGGAAGCAUCUCGUGUCCAGGACCAGAGGGCGGCAGAAACGGAGGAGAUGGAAGCCUUGCGAACAGAGUCGGAGAUGCUGCAGCAGACCCUUCGAGACCUGGCUCAGGCAGUGAUCUCUGACACUGACAGCGCCAUCCACCUCCCGGCAGCCGACCGGCUCACGGAGGCUUCUGACAGCGAUGCCACCAGCCUCAGCUUGCACGGCUUGUCCUCGAGCCUCCGGACCCCCUCCCCGCGGCGGCGGUCUUCCCCAAGGCGCGGCUCAUCUCCCCGCCGCAGCCUCUCCCCCGUCUUCUCAGAGGCCACCUUGGCCCUGGUGCAGUCCGCCCUGCAGAAGCGGCAGCGGCAGCUUCAGGACCUCCGGGGAAAAUACGAAGCCACCCAAGACUUGAUGUUGUCCCUGAAGAAGCAGCUGGCAGAAAGCGACAAUGAACAGCGUUCCCUUGAGCGGAAGGUCCAGGAGCUGAAGGAUGAGGAAGACAGACUAACGCAGGCCAAGGAGGAUGCUGCCUGUGAGGCCGGCCGGUUCCGCUCCAUGGCCGAUCUCCUUGGCAGUGAAAAGACUGUCUUGGAGAAGAGCCUGCAAAGUGCCCAGCAGGCGCAGGAAGAUCUGCGUCAGGAGAAGGAGAAGCUGCAGCUGGCCCUUGGUGACGUCCAGCGCCAAUGUGACAGCCUUGCAGAAGAGAAGGAGGACCUCCUGAAGGACAAGGCGCGGGCCGAGAAGGAGGUGGAGCGGAGCCACAGGCAACUGGAGCAGCUGGAAGGGAAGAAGUCCAGCCUGAAGAAGGAGUUGGUUGUGGUCAAGGAGGCUCUGAGCAAGGCUGUCCUGGAGAAGGAGGUGGCAGAAAGUGAGAAGGCCGAGGUGGCGGAAGCCCUUGCCAAGGCGGAAGUGAGCUGGGCUGAGGUGGAACUGGCCCUGAACCGUCUGAAGGCCGAGGAGGCCUCCAUGCACGACUCCCUCUCUAAGAUGAGUGCCCUCAAUGAGGGCCUGGCACAAGACAAAAUGGAGCUCAACCAGAUCAUCAUCCAGUUGGAGGAGGAGAAAUCCUCUCUGUGGGGGAAGAAGCAGGAAGCGGAGCAGGAGAAGGCCACCCUCCGGGAGGAGCUGGUGCGGCUGGAACAGGAGAAGCUGGACCUGGACACCGAGCGGCACGGGCUGGGUCACUCCCUGCAUGCUGUGGAGCAGAGCCGGGAGAGGCUGGAGCAGGAUCUGGCAGGGCUGCGGAAGGAAAAGGGGCAGCUCCAGGAGCAGCUAGGGCAGAUGUCCCGCCAGAGGAAUUCAGCUGUUGAAGAGCUGGCACAAAUGCGCAGGGACCUGGCGGGUCACAGCGAGGCCCUGCUCCGGGCAGGCAAGGAGAAGGAGGCACUGAUGAAGGAGAAAGCCUGCCUGGUGGUACAGCUGGCAUCCUCCGAGCGAGAGAAUCGAGGGCUCUUAGAGGAAUGUUCUGGCCUAAGGUCUGAAAAGGACACUCUAGAGAUGACCCUCUUUGAGAUCCAGCAACAUCUGGCACAGCUGGACUCCCGGAAGGAGCAGCUGGAAGCGGAUAACCAGACCUUGCUUCUGGCCAAGGAAGCCUUGCAGGUGGAGCUCUCCAGGACCCGCAAGCAGAUGGAGGCCGAGGUGAGCCAGCUGGAGCGGGACAAGGAGAUGGCCACUCAGAAGCUCACUCAGUCAGAGCUCGAUGCCAAGGCUGCCCGGCGGAAGGCCCAGGUGGCUUUUGAGGAGGAUGUGGAUCGUCUCCAGAGGGAGAAGGAGGUGCUGCGCCUGGAGCUGGAAUCGGAGCACAAGGAGGUUCUGCGGCGCCUGGCCCAAGAGCGGGAGGAGCUGCUGGCCCGCUGCGAGGCCGAGAAAGAGGAGCUGAGCGAGGAGAUGGCGGCCCUUCAGCAGGAGCGAGACGAGAGCCUCCUGCUUGCCGAGAACGAAAAGCAACAGGCUCUCUCGGAGAAGGAGUCGGAGAAGGCCAUCCUGCAGGAGAAGCUCUCGGCGGCUCAGCAGAGCUUGGCCAGCGUCCAGAUGGAGACAGAGCGGCUCAAGCGUGAAGCCCGGAGCCGCCAGGAGCAGGAGCGGAGCACCGUGAGCGCCUUGAACGCAGAGCUCCGAAACCUGCGCGCCCAGUUUGAAGAAGCCAUUGCUCAUCACGAGCGGGAGGCGAAAGGGCUCCACGAACAAGCCCGGGACCUGACCAAGCAGCGAGAGUCUGCCCUGCGGGAGGUAGAGGAACUGAAAGUGCAGCUGCGCCUGAUGGAAGAGGCCCGUGACACCGUCCGCAGGGACCUGGCGGAGGCACAUCGAAAGGUCCGGGAGUCCCGCGAGGCCCAGGAGUUGCAGCGCAAGGAGGCCCUGGACAUGCGGAGGGCCCUGAGUGACGAGACCAGAGAGAAAGAGGCUCUUCAGAGGUCCAAUGCGGACUUGCGUGGGGCUGUGAAGCGUGCCGAGAGCGAGCGCAUCAGUUUGAAGCGAGCCAAUGACGAGAAGGACCAGAAGAUCUCCCUCUUGGAGGAGGCCCGGGCGGCUGUCGGCAAAGAGGCCGCCGAUGUGCGCAGCAGCCUCCAAGAGGUGGAGCGGUCGCGGCUGGAAGCCCGUCGGGAACUUCAGGAGCUCCGGCGACAGGUCAAGAUGCUGGACAGCGAGAAUGCAAAGAAGAGCAAGGAGGUGGCGGAGCUGCAGGCUCGAGUGACCCUGGAUGAGCAGAGGGAGGAGGAGAGCAGGCGGGAAUCCUUCGGUCUCAAGCAGAAGGUGGUGGAGAGCGAAGCCAGUAGAGAGUCGGCCAAGAAGGAGCUCCACAACCUGCACCGGAAGCUCUCCGACCUGGAGGGGCAGUUUCGCCAGCGAGAGAAGGAGCUUCUGGGCAGCUUGGAGGAGGCCCGGGGCCACGAGAAGAAGCUGCUGGAUGACGCCCACAACCUGGAACUCAAGCUGGAGAAGGCCCAGGCCGAGGUGGUGGCGUUGAGCCUGGGCCUGAGCGCAGCCGAGGGCCGGGUCCACGGCCUGGAGGUUGAACUGGCCCGCGUGGAGGCCAUGAAGCGGGAUGCGGAGUUUAAGCUGGGCAGCCUCCACUCUGCCCUCCGGCGCACCCUGGGCAUCGGGUGCCGUGGCCGUGCCCCCAGCCCGGCCAUCCGAGGCCGCAGCGCUUCCCCAAAGCGGCUCUUCCUACCGCUGAAAGAGGACCCAAGCCCAGAGGAGGGGCCAGGAAGUCCCGUCGCCCUGACCAGCAGCCCGGCCUCCCGCCCUCUGUCCCCUGAGCGCACCCUCUCCCCCUCCCGUAGUGAGCAGCUGGUCGCUGACAUCGACCCAGAUGUGGUGCGGGCGGCCCUCCGGGACUUUCUCCAAGAGCUGAGGGAGUCACAGAGGGACCGGGAUGAAGCCCGUUCCCAGUUGGGUCUCCUGAACCGCCGACUGGCUGAGAUGGAAGCCGAACGAGACAUGGCCAGUGCCCGAGUGCAGCAGCUACAGAAACAGUUGGCCACCUGUGAAGAAGGGAGGCGCCUCAUGGACGAGAAGCUGAGCGGGGCCCAGACAGCCUUGAUGCUGCAAGAGGAGACCCAGCGCCGCAACGAGCGGGAGCGCAAGGCCCUGGCGGACAAGCUGGCCACCCUGGAGCGCAACCUGCAGUCAGACGAGAGUGAGCGGAGAGCCACCCAAGAGAAGCUCCACAAGAUGAAGGCCAACGAGGCCAAGCUGGAGAUGGACAAGCGGCGCCUGAAGGAGGUCCUGGAUGCCUCCGAGAGCCGCGGCACCAAGCUCGAGCUCCUCCGGCGGUCCCUGGAGGGAGAGCUUCAGCGGGCCAAGGGGGCCCUGAGUGACCGCGAGGCCGAGGUCAAGGGGCUCCAUGACCGGGUGGACCUCCUGCAGAGGCAGGUGGCAGAAACCGAGACGAAGGCCAGUUCCCUGCAGUUCUCACUGGAUCGUCUCCACCUCUCCCUGGCCAAGGCGGUGGAGGCAGAGAGCUCCCUGAAGGAGAAGGUGCAGGGGCUGACCGCCUCCCUGUCCGAGAGCCACCACAGGGCCACCUCCGCCCAGGAGAAGGGGCUGGAGCUGCAGAAGGCCCUGACGGCCAGCGAGCAUGACCGGAGGGUCCUACAGGAGCGCCUAGAGGCAGCCCGCCAGGCGCUUUCAGAAGCCAAGAAGCAAAACGGGGCCUUCACGGAGCAACUGCAGUCCCUGAGAGGGGAGCGGGCAGAACUCGAGCUCCAACGGGACGAGCUGGAGGGGCUCCUCAGGCAGCACGAGGAACUGCUGCGCCAGCGCCAGGAGGGGGAGGCUGUGGCCUUGCGGAGCCUGCAGAAGGUGCAGGAGGACCGGCGUCUCCUGCAGGAGCGCCUUGGCCACUUGCAGCGGGCAUUGGCUCAGCUGGAGGGGGAGAAGCGGGAGGCCGAGCGCUGCUCCCUGCGCCUGGAGAAAGACAAGAAUGCCCUCAAGAAGACUCUGGACAAGGUGGCACGAGAGAAGCUGAAAACCCACGAGGACUCCGUUCGGCUUUCCGUGGAGAAGGGGCGCCUGGACCGGUCGCUCACUGGAGCGGAGCAGGAGUUGAUGGAGGCCCAGCAGCAGAUCCGGCUGCUUGAGGCCCAGGUGGCAGAGCUGGAGCAGGCCCUGUCCGAGACGUCCACCCGACAGCGGCAGAAGCUGCAGGUGGAGACAGAACGCCUGCACGGCUCCCAGCUCCAGGCGGAAGGCCCUUCGGAUGCCCGGGAGGAGCGGACCCAUCGGCAGCACAUCAAAGGCCUGGAGGAGCAGAUUUCAAUACUGAAGGAACAGCUCCAGCAGGAGACCCAGAAGGGCCAGGCUCCCCUCACCAUCCUUUCUGGAAAAUAAGGCUGUGGACGUCCUUCUGUUGCUGAGAACGGCGUGGCUGUGAAGAGAGAGACCCUUCUUCCCCCUUGCCUGCCCCUUGGCCCAAGCCACCACCUCCAGCCGGAGCCCCCAGCUUUCGCUCGGUAGGGGAGGAGGGUUCGCCUUGUGACAGCGGCCAAGGAACCAGCUGUUCAUAGGGAAUCCUGAGGGACCUAAGAGGUCCCCACACUGACAGUUUGGGAGAAGUCAUUAGAUCUUUCACCUGCACCAGUUUGCUUGACAGUCAAAACCAUUUUUGGAAAGGCUGAGCCCCCGAAGGAUACGUGUCAUGGAAGGAAAGUCUCCUCUGCUGGGACCUGCUGGCCACUAUCCUGUAAGAACACCGUUACCCCUCUUUGGUGGCCUUUCGGGGGGGGGGCUCUCCUGCUCCAGAUCAUCCCCCGGAAUGUCUGUUGUGCUGCUACUGCGUCAGCCGUGGCUUCUCAGCAUGGAUGGGAGUUCUUGGCUUGAUGGCCCGGUUUAUUUGGAGGUGGGACUGUGUUCGCCACCCUGCCUAAAAGUCUCCUUUGGAGUAGGCACAUUUCUUCAUAGCCCUACCCCAGGAGACAAGAAGGCCACCCUUCAUGGCCCUUAAAAUUCACCAAGGCUAGGUUGACCCUAAUACAGAGACUAAUUGUGUACAUAUAUACAUCAUAAUAAUUUUUUUUUGUUUUAGAUUAUUUUUUAUAUAACAAUUAACUUUUAAGAAAAGUAGAGAACUAUUUUUUUAUAGUCAUACUUAUUCCUGUUAUGGAUAGGUUUGAACUGUGGCCCACCCCCUGCUGACCCAGCCCAAAUAAAGGUGCCUUUUCCCCCUC